AUGUCAUUUAAACCGAUAUCAAGGAGAAGACCUGCAAAAACAGUUGUUGAUAGUAUUUUGGAUGAAAAUAUGAAUCUUAAUAAUGGCGUUAUCGAUUUAUGUGAUGACAAUGCCAAAGAAUUGGAGCAACAACACAUUCAACUCACUCCAAAGAUUGAUAGAAAUAUUCAACCAGUUGAACAUUUUACAGACUCCAACUCUCAAGUGACAGAGUUGAAAAGAGUACCAACUGAUGAUGUUGUAAAUCUUCUAAACAAAUUAGAGAUAAUCCAACCACCACCACCACAGCCAACACACAACUUAAAUAUCAGUUUAACAGAAUCAAUACCAAUAGAUGAAGUAGAGAGUAACGCCAGUAACAUUAGCAAUGACAACUGCCAACAAUCAGAGUUAGAAUUGAAGGAUAUUGGAGAGCAACAACAGUUCAUCGACGAUGACUUGGAGACUAAUCAGGUUCUUGUCGUCGAGGAAGAGGAGGAGGAGGAGGAAGAGGAAGAAGAAGAACCAGAGACUUCAGGACAAGCCAAGAAGAGUAAAGAUGUAGAUUUGAAUGAGGAAGGAUCUGAUCCAGAGGAUUGUGAUCCAGAUCCAGUCAAUUUUAUACCAGACGAUCUCUUUGACCCAAACAAAUUCAAAGAUCUCCAUGAGCAAGUAAAGUUACGUAACAAUCGCCAGCGAUAUCUUCGAGAACAGAAACUAAACGAAAUGUUUGACAAAAUCACUGGAGGUGCACCAGCUCCCUAUAUCACACCAACCAAAUUCGAAAAGCGCAGAAAGAAGCAAGAUGAAUUGAACGCAUUCUCUGAUAUUGACGAUCCUGAACUACGUGCACAAAUGAUGUCGCUAACAUCAUUAGGUGUAAAUGUUAAUAACUAUUAUAAUAAUCAAAAUAAUCAAAAUAUUAAUAAUAAUAAUAAUCAUUACAAUACAAAUACAAUUGAAUUAAUUCAUGAUGGAAGUAAUCCAUUGAUAACAACUACAUCAACAACUACAACUACUACCACAAACAAUACAUAUCGAUACAAUACGGUGACACCAACCAAGUAUCACCAUGAUUUGGGUGACAAGAGAAAAGCUCCACCUACACCUGGUUCAGCCUUUAAGAGUCCAUACCAACAGAGAUAUUCCACCAACAUCGAUGGACAAGCAUCUAAUCUACCACCCAUUAAAUUGAAUCUAAACGCAAGUAGUGGCACAACUAGUAGUAGUAGUACUAGUAACCAAAACGUUGGACAAUCAACUAAAUGGAAGAAGCUAUUUCCAUCUAAAGUUUCAUUGCAUGUAAAGCUACGUGAUGCACUCACGGGUGUAUCAAUCCUCAAUUGCAAAACUAUACUAAGUCAUUCUCCACAAUCAGAUGCUUCACUUUUACUAAUGGCAGUUGUUAGACUAUCAUUAUUCUCCAAUGUUAUAUUUGAAUCUACACCCAAGAAUGAUGAAGGUAAACUAUUUAAUGAGAUGUUAAACAAUGGUAAAUUGUUACAAUUGUCAAGUAGCAUGAGUAAAAUUGAUACUAUUAUCAAAUCAUACCAAUCGAUCACCGAAGAUCAAUACUUGGCAGGUAAGACUCACAAGAAGUUCAAUCUUUCCAAUAUACAUGUGAUGUCAAGGAUGCUUUUGUUACUGGUGGGCAAGGCACAGUCUCUGUUGAACUUUAUUGUUGGUAUACCCAUUUCCAUGAGAUCCAUCGACUCUUCCGAUUCAAUCGAUAAGAUCAUAGAACUUCAUCGUACCACUCUAACAGCAGACAUCUCAGCAGAGACACACACAGAUCACUCACAACAACUACGAUCAAUCUUGGUUGAGACCGACAAGAUCAUUCAAUCACCAGGCGAUGUCAAACUUAUAAAGAAAUACAACUCACCAGAGAUACAAUCAAUUAUCAACAACAGAAAUGAAUUCGAUGGAAAGAUGAAGUCAAUAUUUAAACAACAAAAUAACCAAACAAACAAUAACAACAAUAAUAAUAAUAAUAAUAAUAGUAACAAUCCAUUCCCGGUUAAAAGUGCAAUGGCAUCAUCUUCAGGUCAACUUAAUGUUAAUGCUGCUCCUUUUGUUCCAAAUGUGCAACAACCACAAAUACCACCACCACAAACACAACAACCAUAUCCAUUACCAUUACCACAACAACAAACAAUAACACCACUGCCACAACCACUUCCAAUACCAAUGUCAAUAUUACAACAAUCAUCUCAUAUGCAGCAGCAACAACAAGCUCCACAACAACAACAACAAGUUCCACAACCAGCUCCACAACCAACACAGCAACAACCAGUUCCACAAACAACACAACAACCUAAUAAAACAGUUUUGGUACCAAAGAGUAAUAAGCAACAAAGACAACACCAGAUUGAUUCAUGUAAAGAGUUUUCCGAUCAACUGGGUGGCAAACUAAAGGAAAUGGAUAGUGACAGUAAGAGAAUUGAACAUCUUACCAAGUUGGCAGAGCAACAACAACAACAAAUCGUUCAACUUCAGUUGGAUAAAGAGAGAUUGUUUUCAAACAACCAAAUCCUUUUCCAAAAUAUAUCAAAAUAUGUAAAUUGGCAUAAUAACAUGAAAUCGAAAUGGGAGGAAUACUCAUCAUUUAUGUCACAUUCAAUGAUGUUCAAUCUUCAAUCUUCAAAUUCCAACAACAAAUAA